AACGUUACCUGUCUUGUUUAACAAGUAGACCUCUACAAAAGCACAAGAAACGCGAAGCAAGCAGACCUACUCUCUGCCCUUUCUCUCUCUUUCGCGCAAGGAUCUGCCAUUGAGAUCAAGCAAAGAUGUUUCUCACAAGGACUGAGUAUGAUAGAGGAGUGAACACUUUCUCUCCAGAAGGUAGAUUGUUUCAGGUUGAAUAUGCUAUCGAAGCAAUCAAGCUAGGUUCAACUGCAAUUGGGAUAAAGACAAAAGAAGGUGUUGUGCUUGCAGUUGAGAAGCGUAUCACUUCACCACUCCUGGAGCCCAGUAGUGUGGAGAAAGUUAUGGAAAUUGAUGAGCAUAUUGGAUGCGCUAUGAGUGGAUUAAUUGCAGAUGCUCGUACGCUUGUUGAGCAUGCACGUGUGGAAACUCAGAACCAUAGAUUCUCUUAUGGUGAGCCCAUGACAGUGGAGUCCACAACACAAGCACUUUGUGAUCUCGCUCUACGAUUUGGUGAAGGCGAUGAAGAAUCCAUGUCUCGUCCGUUUGGUGUGUCACUUCUCAUAGCUGGUCAUGAUGAGAAUGGUCCUAGCCU